GCAGUUGUCAAAGGAAUGUUUGGUGAUAAACCCAGCGAAAAGCGGUCAGCACGUUCCGACCUUAUAGUCUUAGUGGCGCAUAACGAUGAUCCAACCGAUCAGAUGCUUGUUCCCUUUUUUUUUUUUUUUUUUUUUUCGAUGAACCAAAAAAUUGGCAUCAAAACUAUCAAAACAUAUUGCACGCGAAUGCAAGAGGAGAAUAUACAUCGUGCGAUCGUAGUAGUGCAAGCAGGCAUGACACCGUCGGCCAAACAAUCUUUGGUUGAUAUGGCGCCGAAGUAUAUUCUAGAACAAUUUCUUGAAUCGGAACUUCUAAUCAAUAUUACAGAACAUGAACUGGUUCCUGAACAUGUUGUAAUGACACCAGAAGAAAAGCAAGAGUUACUGGCACGUUAUAAACUGAAAGAGAAUAUGUUAAUGCGGAUUCAAGCGGGAGAUCCGGUUGCGCGUUACUUUGGUCUCCAACGAGGACAGGUGGUUAAAAUUAUACGUUCGUCGGAAACAGCCGGUCGUUAUAUAUCUUACCGACUUGUUUGUUAAAUAAUAGAAUAAAAAAUCAAUUUUUUUUUUUUGUUUCAAUAUCUUUUUUAUUUAUUGAAUCUGCUUUUUGUUUUGAAAGCCUAACAAUAAGUAAUAAAAUCUUAAACCUAUUUAAAAACUAGA